GCGCGCUCCCGAUUCCCUGUUGCUGCGCUGGCAUCUGGCGCGCCCCGCAUCCAGAGGUGUCACGUGAUCAAGAAAAGAGCUGUUCUUUGAAAAUAUGCACUCUGAAAGAAAGUCUCACGCUUGUAACUGAAGUACAGACCUAUAAAAAAUUGCUAAUGUGAACGAAGUGUGUGUAUUUGGUAAGGUAGCGCUUGUAGGUGAGCUGGAAAUGUUUUUGUAGCACGUGAAUAGACAGCAGUGCAGUGGCAUGCGGCAGCUUUAAUAGUGGAAGCAGAUGUUUGGACCUUGUUGCAGUACUGUCUUGUCAUUCCUCUCCUGGUACGCCUUCGUCUUGAAGUAUGCAGUCCUGGCUGUUCAAGGAGCAUACUUUUGGUCAAGUAAUAUCCUGUGUCUCCUAUUGUUUGAUGACAUCCAAGAGGAUGUCUGUGCAGAGAUGACAAUGGCUCUGAGAAAAAAAUCCAAAUCCUUUUGGAAGAAUACAGGACUUCUUCAAACUUUAAUGGGAAGAUAACCUGUCACACCAUGAGAAGGGUCUAUAUAAAGGGAGAUGUGCUUUGCUCUCUGACCCUGAUGUUGCUCCUGUUUCUGCUGUUAUAUGCCUAUCAAAGAGUGACUCCCACAUGGGGGACUUUGCAUAUUGAACAUGGGUCAACCAGCUCGAGAACCCUCCUCAGUGGAGCAUCAAUGGGACAGCAGACAAAGCUAGUCCCUACAAAAUCUCUGGACAUUCCACCUUGCAAGCCUGAAGUGCAGACCAAGUCUAAACCACAGGUACAAUCAAAGGUCAAAGCUCAGAAAGCACGUAGCAAAACAAAAUCUAAAUUUCACCAGGCCUCAACAACAGCAAGUCUGCUACCAACACAACAUUCUUUUGACUUUGCUGAUUACCUUCAAAAGAAAGACCAGCGGGACUUUAGGAUGCUAAUCGAUCAGCCAACAAAGUGUUCUGAACCAGAAGGCAUCCCCUACAUGCUGAUCGCAAUAAAAUCAGUUGCAACAGACUUCGACAAACGCCAGGUUGUAAGGCGUACAUGGGGACGAGAAGGGGUGUUCCAGAAAAACAACAUCAAGAGAGUUUUUCUUCUUGGUGUGCCUCAAAAUCAGUCAGCGCUCCCAUUAUGGGACAAACUUAUGGAAUACGAGAGCCACACUUUUGGAGACAUCCUCUUGUGGGACUUUGAAGACACCUUCUUCAACUUGACACUAAAAGAAAUCCAUUUCUUACAAUGGAUUAAUGUGAGUUGCCCAAAAACAAAGUUUAUUUUUAAGGGUGACGCCGAUGUGUAUGUGAACAUUGACAAUAUCCUGGAGAUGCUUGAGAGUCAAGAGAUCGAUAAGGAUCUUUUUGUUGGCGACAUCAUUGUCCAUGCAAAACCAAUUCGCAGACGCAGUAGUAAGUACUUUGUCCCUGAGUUUAUAUAUGGCCAGGGGAUCUAUCCAUCCUAUGCGGGUGGAGGUGGAUUUGUCAUGUCAGGACACACUGCAUUGAAGCUCCACCUCGCCUGCAGAGAGGUGGAGCUCUUCCCCAUUGAUGACGUCUUUCUGGGCAUGUGCCUGCAGAGAAUUGGCCUUCAGCCGACCCGCCAUGAAGGUUUUCGCACCUUCGGAAUCGUGAGACCAUCAGCUGCACCACACCUCCAGGUGUUUGACCCCUGCUUCUAUAGAGAACUGAUGGUGGUGCACAGCCUGACCGUCCCCCAGAUUUGGCUCAUGUGGAACCUUCUGCAUGACCCUAACCUUCAGUGUCACAGGAGUCAGGAUCCCACAGUUUUUCCCUUUCAGUGGAGUGAUAAAAUUGGCAAGACGGCUAGGAACAAGGCAGAGGAGAAUCUAAGGAAUAAGGACUAUGGGCUGAAAGUGUUUGUGGAGCAUUAAUUCUUCACUGUACUGUGACUAGAAGGAGCCCCGUAUAUACUGCCUUCAGCUGACAUGCCAUGAGGGUUUCCGUACCUUUGUGAUUGUGAGACCAUCAGCUGCACCACGCCUCCAGGUGUUUGACCCCUGCUUCUACAGAGAGCUGAUUUUGGUGCACAGCCUGACCAUUCCUCAGAUUUGGCUCAUGUGGAACCUUCUGCAUGACCAUAAUCUUCAGUGUCACAGGAGUCAGGAUCCCACAGAUUUUCCUUUUCAGUGGAGUGAUAAAAUUGGCAAGACGGCAAGGAACAAUGCAGUGGAGAAUCUAAGGAAGAAGGACUAUAGGAUGAAAGUGUUUGUGGAGCCUUAACUCUUCACUAUACUGUGACUAGAAGGACAUACUGAUCCAAAGAAAAUAAGCCAACAGGCAAGUGUCAAGUUCUUCAGUACAUAUGGGGAUAAGAAAGUGUGUUCAUGAUAGAAAUAAACAGCAAGAGUUUUUCUUCUCUUUUUGGACAAAUUUUGGAAUAUGGGAGCUACACUUUUUGUCACAUCUGCUUGCUUGAGAAUCUCUCACCACAAGCAUUAUUUGUGAAGUAUAAACUACACUACCUGACAAAAGUCUUGUCGACUAUCCAGGUUUUAGGAACAACAAAUAAUAACUUGACUUCUAGUUGAUAAUUUGAUAUCAGAAGUAGCUUAUAUGAAAGGCAAUGGCCUCUAGAUUACGUUUAUUUUACCAAAAUAAUAUAUGAUCAUGCCUUGAUUUUUAAUUAGGACAAUAAGGUGUGACUUUGCUUAGACAAAAGUCUUGUCACUUAACAGCAAUAAUGUACAGUAUAGAUUAUAAAGUUAUGGUUCAGUGGAAAAAGAAUUAAUAUUGUGUAUGACUCCCAUGAGGACUUCAUACAUCUCUGCAAUGACUCAAAUAACUUAUUAAUGAAGUCAUCUAUAAUGGCAAAGAAAGUGUUCUUGCAGGACUCCCAGAGUUAAUCAAGAUUCUUUGGCUUCAUCUUACCCCAGACAUGCUCAAUAAUGUUCAUGUCUGGUGACUGGGCUGGCCAGUCCUGGAGCACCUUGACCUUCUUUGCUUUCAGGAACUUUGAUGUGGAGGCUGAAGUAUGAGAAGUGUGGUUUGUAAUGUAAUGGGCAGCACAAAUGUCUUGACACCUCAGGCUGUUGAUGUUGCCAUCCACUGCAGAUUUCUCGCACGCCCCCAUCCUGAAUGCAACCCCAAACCAUGAUUUUUCCUUCACCAAACUGAUUGAUUUAUGUGAGAAUCUUGGGUCCAUGUGGGUUCCAAUAGGUCUUCUGCAGUAUUUGUGAUGAUUGGGAUGCAGUUAAACAGACGAUUCAUCGAAAAAAUCUACCAUCUGCCACUUUUCCAUGAUCAGCUAGAAGUCGAGUUAUUAUUUGUUGCUCUUACAACUGGGAUCAACGACAAGACUUUUGUCAGGUAGCGUAUGUCCCAAAACACACUUGCAGCCAGUCAGUAGCUAGGGGUAUGUCUAGUAAUGAUAAGAGAAAUUUAAAAAAGUGGCAAGGUUCUGCUGUGGUCGCUAAAGUUAUGUUAAUACUCUCUCAUGCAUUGUAUUGAGUUAUUGAAUAACUAAUGCUGUAAAUAUUAGAAAUUAGACACAUGGCACUAUUUUAUCAAAUUGAGCACUCAUUUUUUUUGACUGGUGUGCUGCAUUGUUGCAGAUGAUCUGCUGUUUAAUGAGUUUAGAUUAAACUGAAAGUAGCCUGCUGUGAACAUGAACGUACUACUUAAAUCUAACUUUAUUUUAAGUGAAUAAAAAAGAAAAAAAGACGAA